UCAUAAAUCAUAUCCAACAAUCUCUUUACUUAAAUUAUUCACUGACUUUGCAGCAAAACAUGAUCUGAUCGACUUAAAAUUGUUUGGCUCUUUUAUCCACAAGCCGCAACAGCAUUAAUUAUAAAUUAAUUAUACAGAUUGAUUUAAUUGACAAAAUAAAGUAUUAAGAUAAAUGUAUACUUACAUGUAAACACAUUUUCCCUUCAGGCCUCAGUUUCAUUCACUUGUUCUUCAGGUGAAGGUUGGGACGAGGAGGAUCAUCAUGGCAUCGAACAGUGAAGAGGAGAGGAGUCUACAUGAAUGUGAACUUUAUGUCCAGAAACAAAACAUCCAGCAGCUCCUGAAGGACUGCAUCGUCCAGCUCUGUACGGCUCAACCUGACCGACCCAUGGCCUUCCUCCGAGAGUACUUUGAGAGAUUAGAGAAGGAGGAAGCGAAGCAGUUGGUGAACCAGCAGAAGUCCAGCUCUCGUUCAGAUUCAAGAGAGGAUGAAGUUUCUCCACCUAUGAACCCAGUGGUGAAGGGGCGCAGGAGGAGAGGAGCUAUCAGUGCUGAGGUGUACACUGAGGAGGAUGCUGCUUCCUAUGUCAGAAAGGUGAUUCCUAAAGACUAUAAAACAAUGGCUGCUCUUGCCAAAGCUAUUGAGAAGAACGUGCUCUUCUCACACCUGGACGAUAAUGAACGAAGUGAUAUAUUUGAUGCCAUGUUCCCGGUUACUUACAUCGCCGGAGAGAUCGUCAUUCAGCAAGGAGAUGAAGGAGAUAACUUCUACGUGAUUGAUCAGGGUGAAAUGGAUGUGUAUGUUAAUAAUGAGUGGGCGACCAGUAUCGGUGAGGGUGGCAGUUUUGGGGAAUUGGCACUGAUCUACGGUACACCCAGAGCAGCCACGGUCCGGGCCAAGACCAACGUAAAGCUAUGGGGCAUCGACAGAGAGAGUUACAGAAGAAUAUUGAUGGGAAGCACUCUGAGGAAGAGGAAGAUGUAUGAAGAGUUCCUCAGUAAAGUUUCUAUUCUUGAGUCGCUGGAUAAGUGGGAGCGGCUGACUGUGGCCGAUGCUUUGGAACCAGUGCAGUUUGAAGACAUUCAGAAAAUUGUGGUGCAGGGGGAACCUGGAGAUGAAUUUUUCAUCAUACUGGAGGGUUGUGCAGCAGUACUGCAGCGGCGCUCUGAGAACGAGGAAUUUGUGGAGGUGGGCCGUUUAGGACCCUCUGAUUAUUUUGGUGAGAUAGCUCUGUUGAUGAAUCGGCCUCGUGCUGCUACCGUGGUUGCUCGCGGUCCUCUGAAGUGUGUGAAACUGGACCGUCCACGUUUUGAGAGAGUCCUUGGACCCUGUUCUGAUAUUUUAAAACGCAACAUUCAGCAGUACAACAGCUUUGUGUCUCUGUCUGUCUGAUCUCUCUCUCUCUCUCUCUCUCUCUCACACACACACUCACACACUCGAGUGGCAUUUUGCUUUUGCAUUUGUUUUUUGUAAUCUGUAUGUUGUUGUUUUACUGAUAGGAAUGGGAUUAAUGUAAACAUGCUGCUGCACAUCAAACUCCAAUUGAAAUCAUUUCCUCAGUAACACGACAAUCAGACUGAGCUCACUGUAAACCCAUCAGAUUUAUAUAGAAUAGUAAUGCUGUGAGAUCUGAUUUUUUAUUGAUAUUAUAUUUUAAAAUCUUAAACAUUUGUUUUGAAUGAAAUACUGCAUGAAUCUCACCCCCAAACACACACACACACACACACACACACACACACACACAAAGUCUGUUACUUUCAAUUCUAAUCACACUUACAUUUAGCAGUGCAUUAUGUUCUUUUAUCUGAAUGAAAGGAAUUUCUUAUAAUUGUAUUAUUUUUAAUACUUGGAUUUGUUUACAGAGUUUAGAAAAUGUUUUUAAGAAGAGCUUUAUUUUAAUGAUCGUGACCCACAAAAGGUUUUGUUUAGAAUAAAAGCUGCGGUGGUGGAGGUGUAACACCACGUACAGAUCUAAAUUCAUCAUUCCACUGGUGUUUCAUGACUUAAUAUUUAUUGAUGUAGCUGAAACUAUAAUAUUUAAAGUUAAUAUUGAUUUAUUUAUAACCCGUUGUUCAAGCAGAGCUUCACAGUGCAGUUGCAGAAGUUCAUAAAAUUGUGAUGUGACCUUUACAAAUCACCUGCUUUAGAUUUACUCUUUUAUGAUAUAUAUUAAACUAAAUCCAGAUGAAUUUAAUGCAUGAGUUUGAUUAGAAUUCUAUAUAUUUCACUUUCUUUUAAAAAGCUUUAGUGUUAAAAAGCAGCAGAACCUUCUGUCCUCAUCGUUCCACUUUGUUCUUCUAGAAAUUAUUCCUUAUUUAUUAAAAAUAGAUUACAAUUGACUGUAAUGGUGACUUACAUUUACUUUGUCUAAAUGAAUGAAUGAAUGUCUGCUAGGCUUCUGUUACUGAUCAAUAUAAACUUUAAUCUUAAGGCUGUUUUAAUGAGUUGGUACUUUACAGUGGACCAGAUUUAAUUUUUGUCCUUAUUUUUAUUAUUAUAAUUUUUUUGCCUAUUUAGUGUGCUCUGCAUUAAAUACAUUUUGUAUAAUUUGUCUUAAUGACAGUUUAAGCAAUAAAAAGUUGUAAAAAGUUAAA